GGUAGAAAGUCUUCCUUCCUCUACCAUUUAAUGGUUCAAACCGUUGCCUGAUUAAAGUGUAAUGAAUUAGUGUACCCGCGUAAGUAGUUGGACAAUGGCCAUAAAUGCUGAUGUUGUACUAUUGCAUUUUUAACUUGGAGAAAUCAAAGCGAAUGACGAACAAUGCUUUGAUCAAAUACCUUUAACGUUAACCGUGCAUAAUUAAUAAGUGCAUUCACGCAAAUUCGUUAACAAAAAUGUAUGCGGUGCAAAAUGUGUUGGUGCGAACUCUUAUCGUGCUGGGGAUGGGGGUUGCUGUCGUUACGAUUUUGUACUUCACCCCCACACCAGAUCAAAUUUUUCUCAACUGUAACCGACCUUGCCACGAUCUGGAUUGGCCAAUGAUCUGCAGAAUCAAACUCACAUUAGAAAACUACAACACCAUCCAGAGGUUUCAAUGGCGCUCGAACAACUGCAGCCUAGAAGAUGAUCUCCAAACCACCGUAAUCGCAGUAAAUCGCCAACUACCCGGCCCAACAAUCCACGUGUGCCAAAAUGACAUUCUCGUCGUCGAUGUGAUAAACAGAAUUCCCGGCCAAAGCGUGACGAUCCACUGGCGCGGGCAGCCGCAGGUCGAGGCCCCGAUGAUGGACGGCGUCCCGAUGGUUACCCAGUGCCCAAUCUCGAGUUACACCACGUUCCAGUACAAAUUUAGGGCGUCUAUGCCCGGAACGCACAUAUGGCACGCGCACGCCGGCGCCAAAUUCUCGGACGGAAUUUUCGGCGCCCUGGUAGUGAACCAGGCGGGAAAACUCGACCCGUUAAAAAACCUCUACGAUGCCGACGAGGUUCUCGUCAUUUCGGAGAGGAACGUUGAACUUUCCACAGACGCGUCCAGAUCGUUGAUGAUAAACGGAAAAGCUGCGCGUGAACACGUAAUCAGGGUCGAUUGGGGGAAAAGGUAUCGGUUUAGGGCGAUUUACUCAGGCGGAAGCGCUAGCUGUCCAGUUACAGUGUCGGUCGAUAAACAUCCGCUCAACGUUGUGGCGCUGGAUGGUUACGCAAUUAACCCGCAGAAAGUCACUUCUGUUAGUUUUUCAAAGGGCGAACGAGUAGAUUUCGUCGUGUCAACCAAGCAAGAGCCGAAGAGCUACUUUUUGAAAGUCACCUCGGAAUGUGCCGUGACCGCUGAAGCAGCCAUUAAGUACAAAAGUAUGGCGAACGAUGCGCUUCAACGUUACUACCCUAAGAGCCCACCCGUAGAUUUACGAAUGGAAACCGCCGCUUGCGAAUCAUCAGUGGACAGAGUGUGUAUUAAUGGUAUUCAAUCGUUGGAGAAUAUUCCAUCGGACUUAGUGAAGAAAGUGGACGAGACAGUGUUCUUGGGUUUUGACUAUAAGAGUGUCCACGGUUCAAACGAUACACAGAAAGUGUACAGAAUGAACAACCUUACAUUCACUUAUCCCUCUUCUCCUUUACUCACUCAAAAGGGAGACGUGAACAAAGCAAGCAUUUGCAGUUCCGCAACGAAACCAAGACAGUGUAAGGAUAUGGAGAUAUGCGAAUGUGUUCACAUUGAACAGAUUACUCUGGGUGCAUCAGUCGAGCUAGUAUUCGCCGAUUUGGGGAGCGACGCUCAGGAGGCCGUUUUUCAUUUACACGGUUACCGAUUUUACGUGGUUGGGUACAAGCAGUUUAAGAAAGCACCAAAUCUUGACCAUUUGAAAGGAUUAAAUGAUCAAGGAUUGUUACUGAAGAGAAAUUUUGCAAAACCUGUGAUAAAGGACACUGUACGUGUUCCGAAAAAUGGAGUGGUUGUCGUAAGGUUUAUUGCGAAUAAUCCAGGUUAUUGGAUGAUAAGGGAUGAGCACUCGGAGCAGUGGUCGAGAGGAAUGGACGUUGUUCUCCAAGUGGGUGGUACCUGUGAUAUGGUUACGAAACCAAACAAUUUUCCUACCUGUGGUAGUUGGACUGGUCCUGAUUUUUUCCUAGUUUAGUUUAAAGUUAAUGUUAAAUAAAAGCUUCCACGGGCACCUUUUAUUGGUGCUAGACUAUU